GUCUCCUCAUCACAUAUAUGGCUCUGAACUUGAUGGAUGGACAUGGCCAACCAGCUCUACUUUACAUUGUUCCUUUUACUCUAGGCACCUUUUUGACAUUGGGAAGAAAGAGAGGUGACCUCCAGAAUCUGUGGACACGAGGAGAACCAGAGAGCCCGUGUCCGCACUUCCGGCCACAACCCUCCCAAUAGAGACUCAACAACACUUGUAAAACAGCAUUAUACUCAUAGCAUAUACAAGACCGGUUAGGGUUAGGGUUACCGGUGCAACUUGUAGCACAAAGGUUGAAAUUGUAAUAUCCUGUCUGUUUUUUCAUUACAACCAUAAGUAAAAACAUUGUGAAUAUACCACUAGUAUCGGCAAUGCAGGGGUUUUAUAUGCAGACUUCAAGUUUUCCUUCUCGACUUAUGCUCAGUUUGUCAUGGUUAGAACUUCUCCAAGAUGGAGCCUCCAUGCCACUGCUGUUCGUAAAUAAUUUGUCACAAAAUUCUGUUGUUAGGGCUUUUAUUUUGUCCCAUUGAAGACUAGACUUGUUAUCAUUUUAUGUCAAUCUACAUGGGUUGAGCUGCAAGAAAGUUGAGAGCUCAGAUUGCAC